GUAGCAAUAAAAAUCAUUGACAAAUCUCAGCUGGAUACUGUGAAUCUGGAGAAGAUCUACCGAGAAGUGCAGAUAAUGAAAAUGCUUGAUCACCCACACAUUAUAAAACUCUACCAGGUGAUGGAGACCAAAAGCAUGUUGUACCUUGUGACAGAAUUUGCUAAAAAUGGAGAAAUUUUUGAUUACCUCGCCAGCCAUGGCCGUCUAAGUGAGUCUGAGGCCAGGCGCAAAUUCUGGCAGAUCCUGUCAGCGGUGGAGUAUUGCCAUGGUCGAAAGAUUGUUCACCGUGACCUGAAGGCUGAAAAUCUUUUGCUUGAUAACAACAUGAACAUCAAAAUAGCAGAUUUUGGUUUUGGAAAUUUCUAUAAGAGUGGUGAGCCUCUGACAACAUGGUGUGGAAGCCCACCAUAUGCAGCCCCAGAAGUCUUUGAAGGACAGCAAUACGAGGGACCUCAGCUGGAUAUCUGGAGCAUGGGUGUAGUUCUUUAUGUUUUGGUGUGUGGAGCAUUACCUUUUGAUGGACCAACACUCCCCAUACUGAGGCAACGAGUUCUUGAAGGAAGGUUCAGGAUCCCUUAUUUUAUGUCUGAAGAGUGUGAACAUCUGAUUAGAAGAAUGUUAGUCCUAGACCCAUCCAAACGGUUAACUAUUGCUCAGAUUAAGGAGCACAAGUGGAUGCUUAUAGAAGUUCCUGCACAGCGACCUAUUCUUUAUCCACCAGGAGAAGAGAAUGAGCCUUCCAUUGGAGAGUAUAAUGAGCAGGUCUUACGGCUAAUGCACAGUCUUGGAAUAGAUCAACAGAAAACCGUUGAGUCUCUGCAGAACAAGAGUUACAACCACUUUGCUGCUAUCUAUUACUUGUUAGUGGAAAGACUCAAAUCACAUCGGAGUAGCUUCCCUGUGGAACAGAGACUUGAUGCUCGUCAGCGUCGGCCAAGCACCAUUGCUGAGCAGACAGUAGCCAAGGCACAAGCUGUGGUACCCUCAGUUAACUUGCACUCGCAAAAUGCAAGGUUGUUGCAGUCUCCGGGUCCUCCCUCAGCUUCAGGAGCAGAAGCCUUUUCAUUCCCUCCAUCCAGCUGCCAGGGAGAGACAGCAUUUAUGGAGGAAGAAAGAGUUGAGACACCAAAGGUAAAUGGCUGUCUGCUAGAUCCUGUACCUCCCAUGGUGAUUAGGAAAGGAUGCCAAUCGCUGCCUACCAGCAUGAUGGAAACUUCUAUUGAUGAAGGAAUAGAGACAGAAGGCGAGUCAGAAGAUGACCCUGCACAGGCAUUUGCAGCCCUCCAAGCAGCUCGCUGUGGGAAGCGACGUCAUACUCUGGCAGAAGUUACCAACCAGCUGGUCACAAUGCCAGGCACAGGGAAAGUCUACUCAUUGGAUGAAAACUCAUCGCUGGGCAGUAUUGAUUCAGAGUAUGACAUGGGAUCCAUUCAGAGAGAUAUUAAAUACCUGGAAGACACCCCUUCCUUGAAAGAAAUGGUGCUAACUAACCAACAAGCACCCAGAAUGACACCACCUUUCAUAGGUCUAAGACCUGCCAAUCCAGCCAUGCAGGCACUCACUUCCCAAAAGCGAGAGACCCACAACCGCUCUCCUAUCAGUUUCCGAGAGGGGCGCAGAGCUUCUGACACAUCCCUCACACAAGGAAUUGUAGCAUUUAGACAGCACCUCCAAAAUCUGGCACGAACCAAAGGAAUCCUGGAACUGAAUAAAGUCCAGUUGCUGUAUGAACAGAUGGGAUCAGAAGAACCACCUCCUCUGACAUCAACUGCCACCCAGUUGCAGGACUUCAUUAAUAGUCCUCCGCAGGAGGAAGCAUCUCAGCAGCAGCAGGAAGCUGCAUCUGCUUUCCCUAAUGGUGCACAUCCCCCAUUAUUAUCCAGACGGCAGAGCUUAGAAACACAGUACUUACAACACAGGCUCCAGAAACCAAGUCUACUAUCAAAAGCUCAGAAUACUUGCCAGCUAUACUGCAAAGAAUUGCCCCGGAGUCUGGAACAGCAGUUACAAGAGCACAGGCUGCAUCAGAAGAGACUCUUUCUCCAGAAGCAGUCCCAGCUGCAGGCCUAUUUUAACCAGAUGCAAAUAGCUGAGAGCUCAUACCCAAGGUCAAGUCAGCUGCCACUUUCAUGCCAGGAGGAGCAGCAACAACAGCAGCAGCAGCAAUCAACCCAGUUCAGCUUGCAGCAGCCUCUGAGCCCUGUGAUGGAGCCUUCCUCAGAACAAAUGCAAUACGACCCCUUCCUCAGCCAAUACCAGAAGGUACAGCUGGAUCCACUGCCACCCUCCCAGAUCACCAGCUCAUCACGGUUGUCAUCACCAGUUCAGGUGCAGCAGCCACCACAGUCCUUACGAUAUUCAUAUCAGACUUGUGAAUUGCCUGUUGUCACCUCUUCUGAGCCAGACUACCCAGACCAGUGCCACUAUUCCAUGGACCCAGCACAACAGAGCAGUGUAGCAUUGCCUGACAGUCAGAGCUGCUCAGCAUCUCAUGAGUCUCAGUCAAACUAUGACGCAUUAACCCUCUCAGAAUUGCCUGGACUCUUUGAUUGUGAAAUGAUGGAGACUGUAGAUUCCCAGCACAGUGGUUAUGUCCUGGUGAAUUAAUACCGUGGGGUGACUAACGUGAGAGUGGAAGACAGGACCUAUGGAGAAGCAUGUGAAUUUUUGUUUUUGUUCCUACCCCAGAGUUCAUGGUAAUUUUUCAACCCUUGAAUUAACAGGGGAACUGAAAAUCCACCUGACUGGAAAACAAAGCAUGAGGUGGCAAGAAGUGUUUGGCCGCUAGCUC